CCACCGUACAACCAAAUCUGUUGGCGAUGUGCUAGCUAAAGUGCGUAUAGCCAGAGCGUGGAAGAGGUCCAUUAAAUCCACAUGAAAUAAUUAGAAUAUACAAUUUUUAACUAUUAACAAUCAUGUCAGACAAAGGAGAGGUAGAUCUGACUGGGGCAAAACAAAACACUGGUGUAUGGCUGGUCAAAGUCCCAAAGUAUUUAUCACAUCAAUGGGCCAAAGCAACAGGGAGAGGUGAAGUUGGAAAGCUCCGAAUUAGCAAGAAUCAAGGCAAAGCUGAGGUGUCAUUCACACUCAAUGAGGAGCUGACCACCAUAGACACCAUUGGGGAGAAGACUUCUAUGGUACGAGCCCCUAGAGAGCAUCCAUUCACUCUGCAGACCGUUGGUGGACAGACUCUGGCUGUUUUUACUGAAAACUCUUCAGGGCAGUCAGAUGCCGAGGCCAGCGGCUCAGGUACAGGUACAGGCCCAGAUAAAAUUGCACUGGAAGGAUUGGUGGUGCAGAGAGCUGAAUGCAGACCGGCCGUCAGUGAAAACUACAUGAGGCUGAAGAAACUGCAGAUGGAGGAGUUGUCUAAACCGCUCAGGUUCUCUCAACAGCUCGACAAAGCCGUUACCACCAACUACAAACCUGUGGCUAAUCACGCAUAUAAUCUGAAUUAUGAAAAGAGGAAGAAAGAAGAAGGGAAGAGGGCACGUGCAGAUAAACCUCAGGUGUUGGACAUGCUGUUCUCCGCCUUUGAAAAGCAUCAGUAUUAUAACAUUAAGGAUCUGGUGGACAUCACAAAACAGCCUGUGACUUAUUUGAAGGAGAUUCUUCGGGACAUUGGCAUAUACAAUGUCAAAGGCACCCACAAGAACACCUGGGAGCUCAAACCGGAGUACAGACACUACCAGAGCGAAGAGAAGAGUGACUGACAAUUUUCACCAGUGGACUCUUUGUGGUUCUGAAAACCUGAAAAACAAACAUCCCCAAUUUUUUUUAAGGAUAAUUUUUGUUCUUUUUAAAGGUCUAUCAUAAACCUGUGGCAUUUUACAAUGCUAAGCAGUUUUAUUAAGCUUGUUAGAUUGAGGAAUUCCCUUGGGACAACAGAAAUAUAACUAUUCAGUUGAAAAGAACUUCCGAUCCUCAUCACGUGUUGUGUAUAAAAAGUAGAUGUUGAUGUUUUUUAAGAAGACAUAUUGAUAGAUUAAUUGUAAACAGUUGUUUUAUUCAGAUUUAGUUUUCUGAUUGAACCACUUAUUUUAUAUAGUAUUUCACAUUCAUUUCUUGAAAUAAAGGUUUUUGUACAAAAA